GGCAAAGUAGGGGAAGAAGUAGCGAGGGUUUACGGUGGAGCAGAUAGGUGUCGCGUAGCCGUGGAGGGGAUGACGGGUGCGUGCGAGCGCACGAGCCCGCCAGUUCUUCGGUGAGGCUCGAAGAGGUCAGGUCGAUUCUUGUCACUACUCCGCUCUAGGAAAACGCGACUCGUUUUGACACACGUACACACAGGUGCACAGCACGGUUCUUGUCCUUCGACUUGGUUGGUGUCGGUGCUCUCGGUGAAACGCGGUCGAGACGUGUCAACGCUGUUCUCGUUGCGUCGUCGCAUGUUCGCGCUGAUCCGUCGUGUGCAAGGGCGAGUCGUUCUCUCGUGAUCUUUGAUCGUUGUUGUUGUGGCUGGGCUGUUUCUCCGGGGCCAAAUGCGAACAGGUAGAAGAUACAUUCAUCGAUGAAAGAAGAACGAGAGCAGAGGUUAUGACGACUGUCAUCGAGUGGAUUAUCGUCACUGCCGUUACAGUAUUGGAGAGAUAAGCAACCACUGUGUGUGCGUCCGCGGCCUAGUGACCUGACCUUGAGUCGGCCCGACCAGGUGUCUUGGUAAACCAGCGAGGCAGCUGAUUCCCGUGACUGGGUCUCGGAUAAAUAACAUUUCUGGGUAUAAAAAUCAGCUUGCAUGGACCUUGACUAGCCGGCCUUAAUGCGAGGACUGCAGGCAUUCAGUGCACCGAGAGAGGAAUCCUCAAGAAUGUGAACAAAUAAACGAACGCAAAUGCCCAACAAGGCACGGCCUCGUCGAGAGUGGUCUCCCCAGUCCCCUAUAGAUGUAUUGUGGAUGUCCCGCUCUGCCAUGAGGCCGGCCGAGGGCGACACAUCGGACUGCAUCCUGGUGGUUGGCAUAUCCAGACCGAAAAUGGCCGCUGCCUUCCUCACCGUUGUCCUACUUUCCCUCUUUCUGACCUUCCACAUUCUGUACGAUAGCGCGGUAUACAGUCUUCACGCAGCCUCCGCCGUCGAGGGUCGUACCGUCGAACUCGUCUCCCAAGUCCGCGCCACACCGCCUUUGCUCUUCUCCAACAAGGUGCACUUCCCACGCACCAGCCGUCAUCUACCUCAGGCGAUCAUCAUCGGCGUACGAAAAUGUGGCACCAGGGCGCUCCUCGAGAUGCUCUUCCUUCACCCGCAAAUCCAGAAAGCCGCUGGCGAGGUACAUUUCUUCGACCGCGACGAUAAUUACGGAAAAGGCCUCGAGUGGUAUCGACGCAAGAUGCCUUAUUCCUUCAGGGGCCAAAUCACCAUCGAGAAAAGUCCCAGCUAUUUCGUCACGCCAGAGGUACCUGAAAGAAUCCGCGCGAUGAACGCGAGCGUGAAGCUGCUGCUGAUAGUGCGAGAACCAGUGACCAGAGCGAUAUCCGACUACACUCAGCUGCGGACGCACGCCGCGACCGCCUCGACCCUGACGAAUGGAACACCACGAAGCAUCCAGCAACAGCAGGCGGCGCGUAGCUUCGAGGAACUGGUGAUACGACCGGACGGUAGCAUCAACGAGUCGUACAGGCCAGUAGCGAUUUCCCUGUACCACACGUACAUGCAUAGGUGGCUGGAGGUGUUCUCCAGGGAGCAGAUCCUUAUAGUGAACGGUGACCAAUUGAUCGAGGACCCGGUGCCUCAGUUGCGCAGGAUCGAGAAUUUCCUCGGAUUGGAGCCACGGAUCGGCAGGCACAAUUUCUACUUCAACCACACGAAAGGCUUCUACUGUCUGCGCAAUGAGACGUCGGAGAAAUGUCUGAAGGAGAGCAAAGGCAGACGACAUCCACGCGUUAGUCCCGUGGUGGUCACCAAGCUAAGGAAGUUCUUCAACGAACACAAUCAACGAUUCUACGAGCUCGUAGGGGAAGAUCUCGGCUGGCCUGAGGAAUAGCCGUCGUAGAGAAGCGGUUCGAUCGCUGUGUCAUAGAUGCGGGUAGCCACGCGAGAAAGUCCAAAAUUCGCGAAGAAGCUGCUUUAUUUUUUCUAAACGUUAAAGUAUGGCGCAGCUGGUACUGACGCGGUACAAUUCUUCUUUUUUUUUCUUCUAGUUCGCGUCGAUCGAAUUUUAAGAAUGGAUAUCACGAAGAUCCCUCGAUAUGGAACGAAAUCUGGACGCGGAACGACUGUCCGCAAGCGGAAUGAAGGAGCGGAUCAGCUACAGAGAAUAGGUUCGUUCCGCGGGAACUCGGCUGGUCCGAGAGAACUUCUUAACAAAGCGAACGCGAGCGAGGUUUCUGCGCUUGACGCGGUUAAAGGAAUCUUGUAAUUGCUACGGAGUACCUCGAAAAUCUUGAUCCACGGGGAUUACGCGAGGAAGUUGGUCGAAAUUAGCGGAAACAUCGUCCAGGGAACCGAGGGCAAAUUAAGCAACGCCGGCCCUGUGAAAGAAGACAACAUCGCGGAAUUGAACGGCGAAUCAAGCGAACAUUUCGUGCCACAAAGGACGAAGGCAUCUUCGUGAUUCGAAUUCAUUAAUAGGAAUAUUCGAGCUUUUGAAGACUAAUUAGGAUCGCCUUUGGUUCGAGAAAUUACGCAACAAAGUUACCUGCAAGUGCAUCGUUGUCGUCUGAUAUUACUUCGUUGGAUAUUUGAAAAUUCUUCGGGAGCAGCAGUUUCGCCUGGCGCUUCUCGUCGCGGGAAGAAUCGAGGCUGAUCAGGAUAAGUACCUUUUAUAUUUUAUGAUUAGCCGUAACAUCGAAAACGGGUAACGCGUCGAUGGUUAAAUAUAAUUCAACGAUUUAGGAACUGUCGAUGUGCUCGAAUUCCAAAGAUCGGUAAUCGUAGAAAAACCGAAUAGAAAUUUUUCAUUUCAAAAAUUCUAAUUACUCCGGAAUAUUAUUAAAAGAAAAAGGUACCUACGAAACGCGUUUCUCGUUCGUCAAAGAUUUAAUACUCGAUUAUCGUCUUGUUAACAGCGCGAGGUAUAAUAAAACGAGUUCCUUUGGCAGGGAAGAAAGGAGAGAGUGCGAUUCGUUUUCUGAAAAAAGUGCAACAUUUCUGUUGCCGUCUCUUCGAAGAGGAGGCCGGAGCACGCGAACUCGAGUGAACAUCGAAGAGCCCGUGGCAAUGAGUCAAGCCAUUAAAUCGAGUGCAUGCAAUUUAAUGGAUAUAUGCUCCGGCCAGGACUCUUCAUUAUUAUCGGAGAUCCUGAGCCCCUCUCGUGUUCGCGUUUCAGCCGUUCGUCCUUGCGUGCUAAUUGCUUCGAGUUGUCGCUUCGUAGCGCCGACGAGACCGAUUUCUGCAUCUCGAUCGAUGCUCCGUCGUAAAACAAGUUUCAUUCUCGUACAGUGUUGCGGUUAACGCGUCGUUGAUACAAUAGAAAUAUCGAUUAGGAAAAUACGAAAAUACAAGCAAAUUACGAACAGCUUUCGGAUCACAAAGUAGAUAUAAAAAAUCGAGUCUAUCUCAGGGAAUCAGCUAAUUAUUCGAACUGCGUCGUAUGUUCCCGACAAUAGCCACCACUCACCGAAGACAGAAAUAUCCGUAAUUUCUAUCGAACAAGAUAAAAGGAUUCGUUCAGCGAGAAAUACCUACGAUCGUUCAACGAUACUUAACGCACACACAGUUUAAUUCACCAACGAUAAACGAACAUGCAACGCAGUCUGAAACUUCAUAUUUAUUUCCAUGAUAUAAAAUAUCCGAACUCUUCGCGCUACACCGUGCGAAUUUGCUUAACGCGUCUAUCGACAAAUUAUAUUUAUUACGAAACAAUUUAUUAUAAAAGAAAUAUAAACGAGAUACAAAACGUAGUUAUAGGAGCGCGUAACUUGGAAAUAUGGAACGUUAGAGACAUUUAAAAGAAGCUUGUAGAAAAAUGACUCGCGCCAAGUCAGUUUAACGAUGCGUGAUCCGAUAGGCAUCCGAUUAACUCGACGGCCGAAGAUGAUCGGCAGGCGUGGAAUUGAUUAAACGUUCGUCGUGGAAAGGGUAACGAGAUGAUCGAGGCGGACGAAGAAAAUUAGCCAGGCAGCGCGUGCGAAAUCGAUCGGGCAACGUCUGGCCGUGUGAAAGCUGGGCAAAUCGUCGGCAGAAAUAUCAGGGGUUGAAUAGCGUGGAACAUCGGGCAACGAUCCUCGAUAUCAGUCACGGCCACGUGUAUCCCAGAGGAGCGGCCUAUCGCAACCGAAACGUGGAAGAGUAGACUCCGGAUGGGUCGUUACUCAGAGGGGCUGGAUAUCUGUCCGUCGAUUCUCGGUGGCGAACGAACGAAUUCGAGCACAUUGUACCUGGUGGCGCGGCUCUGCUCGACUCAGCUCGGCUUGGCGCGCCCGUCUAUUUGGGUCGAUCGAUCUCCGGUAAGAGAGCAGAAUGAUCCAUCGAUGCUGUUACCCGUUCCUCCGCGUGGCUGCGCGCAAGACCGCACGUCUUGUUCCAUCGUACAUUCACCUGCAUACACUCGCACACAUAUGUAUCGUACACGUACACGUACAGGAAAAGGGAACUCACGCGCGCGUACACACACACACACAUACGUACGUAGGUACGUGUUUACGUGUAUAGGUAACUAGAGACAACGGAGACGGACAGACGAACGGGACGGACAGACACUGUUCACAGGAAGUAACGCCGGCCAAAAUAAAGUAGAGGCGAGAGUCCGAUGGAACGAUCGGUUUCAGGAGGAUGAGCUUCCUGAAGCUUCAGCGACUCGUUUCGCGGGCCCCGUCGCCAUGGAUCACAUUGGUCCGUGAGUUUACAUAUCAUAUAGGGUUAACUAGUUGAUAUUACAGAAGAUUUAAUAUUUUUAUAAUCCACAUUGGAAGUUGUUAUAUCGAGUCGUUAAGCUUAUUGUGUACAGGAGGAGAGCCACCCGUCUGCAUAGGAACAAUGGGAUUUUAGAGAAGAAAGAGAGCUCUCUGUGAUCUUGGGUUUCGUCGCUCCGUCUAAUCUGUUAAUCGAUCGCGUUCGUUUCAUAUAUCGCGAGGGAGAAUAUCGUAAUUUUCUUUCGCCGCACGUGGUGCACGACUCGCCGAAUGAAUUAGGGGGAUGAAAGGAGGAUCGUUUGGCGAGCAACGCCGAGCCGUUCUGCUUCGGCAGCCAGAAAGGCUUCAACAGGAGGAGGAGUUGGUUAAAGCUGUAAUUUUUUAUACGUGUUACUAUUAUACCGUGAAAUGUUGGCGAAUUUCAUUCGUACCGCGAUGCAACCAUAUCAUUUUUAUUACUAUUUGACGUAGUAAGAUACAUUACGUCGGAAUAAACAAAAGUUAAACAUAUCAUUAGAAUUAAGAAAUAAUUGGUAAUUACUAAUCGUCGAUGUUCGAAUUGGAUAUUGAUUGCGAUGUUUAAAUCGGUUAUUUAAGAAGUUUCUAUAAGAAGGAGUAAAUAGAAUAUUCUUAAAAUCGUAAAUCGAAGUUGUCUGUGAGGAAUUAUUAUUGAGGAAUUCAAUACCAGCGAUUCUUGAUCAUUGUCGUCGUAAGAUGGAACGAAAUAAAGUUUCGAACAAUUCAAAAUUGACACGUACUUGCGAAGCAAGCUUUCACGUUCACUCGUAUCACAUUUUAUUAAUUGCAUAAGUUAAAGGGUAGUUAAUUUGACUAAAAGCUCGAAGCUCGAUAUGAAAUCACAGAGAGAAUUAAAAUUUGCAAAUUGAUCGACAUUUUCGUUGCUUCUACUUUUUCGAGUACCUACUCUUUACUUUAAUACAUGCACACAUAUAUUUGAUUCGUAUAAAAACUAGGACGUAAGCGCGAAACGAAUACAUAUCAGAAAAUUGUGAUAAGGAGACGUAUAUAUAAAUUUUUAUAAGGUAUAUGUUUAGGCGAUUUAUUAAAAUAAUGGUGGAAUUAAAAGAUGGAAAAAAUUAUCGUUAAUUGAAGAAAGAAUAGCGUGACAAAUUUUCAUAUCCUGUAUUUUUCGAAAAGACACGACAAAUUUAGUAUAUUUUGAACGUUCACCGAAUUAAAUAAUAGUCGUUAAAUCACUUUGAUUUGUAGAUACGAAACGAUAUUAUUCUAUAAACAAUGAUUCAAAUAUUGAUACUUUUUAGUAUAUUUGUAACGUUCACUGAAUUAAAUAGUAAACGUUAAAUCAUUUUGAUUUAUGGAUACCGAAAUAUAUUACCCGGUGAACAAUGAUUCAAAUAUUGAUACUCGAAUUUAAUAACGCGAUAUAUACGCUUUACACUUAGACUGGCUGUUUUAUUCCCCUCAUUAUACAAUGGUACCAAAAAUCUCUCCAUAUUGUUUAUCCGAUCUUUUGUACGCUUCCUUGCGCGUAGAAUAUUAAACCAAAAUUAAAAGAUCCAAAAGAGACGAUCCUAAAUUUUGUUUAAAAUAUGCAGAAGAUAUGAAAAGAAGUGAGUUUUUCAUCUUAAGCCAUAUAAUUGUGAAGAAUUUUUCAGGGCUUAACAAAUAAAAGAGAAUUCAUCCUGGGAGUUUACCUCUUGCGAAUCCUUAUUUUAAAAUUUAAAUACGAUCGAUCCAACGAUCGAUCCGAGUCAUCGUAUCGUUAGUACGUGACGUCAUGGAAGAAAAAUCCUGAAGGAAUCUAAGGAGUGCGUGUCACGGUUGACCUAAAAUCGACCUAAAGCUAAACGAAAUCCUACAGAUAGCCUGUUGAUGUUCGUAUUCGUCGUAAUAAAGCUUGUAUCGCACACCCUAUGUAAACCUAUUCCAAUAUCCAAGGUUCCAGAUUGAAGCAAGGAUAUCAACAGCGGAGAAAAAGAGAAAAGGGAGCAAAGAAAUAGGAAGGGGUUCCUAUAUAUCACGUGAAGAUAAAAGUUCGCGAUAAAAUUGACCAUUUGUUUCUGAAGAAAAAAGAAGAGAGAACCCGGCGCGAAGAUUCCAUCGAUCGCUCCUGGGGACCCGUGACGCCUCGAUGAACGAACCUGGAAUGCGUAUAAUAGUCAGAGAAAAUUGCUCGGAAAUCUUUCAAUACGUUCUCUUCCGUGCUACGUCGUCCACUGGCCAUUUGUACCGAAUUCGCGACAAAAAUAGAGAUCCCGUUAUACUUCGAAUUGGAUUUUUCGACAGUGAGAAACAAGAUUUUUCUGAACGCAGUGCAAUUUUAUAAAUUGGAGAUUUAUAACCCUUGACAAAAAGUACUUAUAUACGACUAGCCUUUUUGG